ACCGGAAAUAUUAUUAAAUUUUGGUAAACAUGGCGGUCGCCGAAAAGUUGAGACAGGAGGGAUGGUUCCUCACACCGGAAGGACUGGAACUCGUCACGGACAAUGGAAAUUUGUCCGACAUAAAAGCCAUUAUUCGUCGAGCACUUGAUGUGGAUCUCAAGGAAAUUUCAGAGUCUAAUUUCAUUGAAGAAGUUGUCCGUUCAAAAGUUGAAGCUUUUGAGGGCCAUCGGGUUGUGCAAAUACAGAAAAUCAGAAAUAUUUCGGCACCAAAAGUAAACGAGGAAUCUGGUGCUGCUCCUCGAAUGCUGAAAUUGCUCCUCACAGACGGCACCUCAACAUGCCAAGCCAUUGAAGUUGAGCAUCUACCUUCAUUAAGUCUCAAUACUCCGCCUGGAACAAAGCUCAGAUUCAAACCAGGCAGCAUUCCAGUCUCCCAUGGUUUUGUCCAACUGAAACCUUCCUUGUUGGAGUUCCUUGGUGGCAGAGUGGCCCCUCUGGUGGAAAAGUGGGAGCUCAAUAGGACUCUGGCUAAGCACAGCAGAGGGAGAGUGGGAGAAGAAGGUGGUCCACCUCCGUGGAUUCCUUUUGGCCAGAAAAUUUUAAAGCCUCAAGCAACGGACCGCAACUUUAAGUCAUUGGAUACUGGUGAGAAGGAUAUUAAAGAAAAUCCUGAGUUUGAAGCGCAAAGAAAGGAUGCCAUUGCGGAAGCUGCCAGAGCCGGAAGCAAGAAGGUUUUCGGUGGUGGAACAAAACAAAUGCUGGAUCACAAUGUGCAGCAAAUUGUAAAUGUCGGAUUUUCUGUGAGUCAGGCAGAAUAUGCUUUGAAGCAGGGCAGAAACAACAUUGACCGUGCUUUGAAAAUCCUUCAGAAAGGAGACGAGUCAGCGACAACUUCAAUAACUCCGACCUUCAGCAGUCAAAGAGGUGGCAAGGCAGAGUCAAGGGGGAGGAAAAAGGGAGAUCGGGAGAAGGACGAAGACGGUGUUGCAGCUAAGCCAUCGGGGAAAGUGUCAUUAUUCGAUUUCUUAGAAGACAAAUUACCUAUCCAAAAAGAGCCCGAAAAGAAGAACUCAAAUUUUUUCUCGGAGAGAAGGGACCGGAAGGACUUUCACCGGGAACAAAACCACGGGAACAGUGGGGGUGGCUUUUCAGGGGGAGGUCGCGGUGGUCGUUACCAAGACAACAACUGGUCUCGCCAAAACGACCGGGCUGGUCAGAAGCCUCCGAGGUUUCAGCAGCAGGCGCAGAGGUUACAGCAGCGGCAGCAAAACUUCAAUGCUGGCAAGCAGUUGGACUCUGGACUGAACUCGUCCUACUCGACUUGGUCCUCGGGCAACAACGACUUCAACAGCCAGUGGGGCAGUUUCAGCGGCCUGGCCAACGAAAGUCUGAGCAAGGAUUUGUUCCGAAGCAAUAACGACGACGUCGGCCAGUGGAAAAUGCCGCCGGAACCGAAGGGCAAGAGACGGCCCGAAGCAGAGGCAAAGUCCUUUCAGUCGCCCUUUCACCAGAAGUCGUCCAGGCAGUUCUCGGACUUUGGCGCCGAGAGCAGAACGUCGGACGUGUUUGGAGACACCAACCACGUGCCAUUCUCAAUGGGCUACAGCAGAAACUUCCAAACACCUCAGAACGACGUUCCUUCUGCUUCGGCACUGUGCGAACCUCGCUGGGAGUGGCACGAAGGGGACAAGUGCAUGGCCAAGUACUGGGAGGACAACAGGCAUUAUCGUGCUGAGGUGACGGGUGUGAGUGCCAAAACGGUGGUCGUCCGAUUCCUGGAAUACGGAAACUUUGAGGAGGUUUUGCACGAGGACUGCAUACCCAUCACAGAGUACGACUAGCCCGCGGCCCCAGCCACAUCGAGAAUGUGGCCCCCACCAUGGAUUAGUUUAGCUGGCAUUGAACUUUGAGAGGCACUCCAUUCAUACCCAGUGCCUUUUGCCCCAUCCCAGUGUAGUGACUGAGAGUUUAGUGCUACAACUGACAGACAGUCGAUUGAUUGAUUGAUUGGCAGACGAUAUAAAUAAUAACACUCGGUAUACAAAAACAAACCAACUACUUUUUGUUUUGUUGAGCUAUAUGAUUUUUUUUAUUAUUCAGAGUUUGCUUCUGUGAUCCUUUUCUGUCCUUAAUUUAUGAAAAGAAAAAAUAUGAAAAGGCAACACAUUCCAGACUUCCGUUUUAAAAUUAUUUGUUUUCCGUCUAAAAUUACUCCUAUAGUUAUUGCUAAAUAACUAAUAUUGCAAGUGGGACGCCCUGCAUCGCAGUCACGUAAUAAUAAUUGCCUCGGUUGUUUUUCUUUGUAAAAUAAUAUUACGGAAACUCGGGAAUGUGUUGGUUACGUUUUCAGUUAAGGUAACAAGAUGUCCAUCCUCCUUCAAGGAACCCAAUAAAAGAAAUGUGUAAUCUGUGUA